AUGUCUUGCCGAAAUGGUGGGAGGAAACUUUUCUCUCUUAAUGGAGUGAUUCGUUGUGCUCGACUUUUCCACAACACUCAGGUAGGGUUAAACCCGGGAAAGAUCAUUAUUCCUAAACUGCCAAGUCUGCAACCUUCUAGAGAUGCCUCCACCACUUUGGUAUCGUCAUCUUCUUCUUCAGGUUCCUCCUCCUCCUCAUCAUUAUUAAAUGGUUCCCCUUAUAACCGAAGAAGUGAAUAUCGUGAAAAUAUGCAUUUAAAUCCUGAGGUAUCACAGUUUCUAGCAGGCGAUUCCGCUAAUGCACUUCGACAGCAGGUGCAACUGGAUAAGUUUCGUAUCACUACUGAAGGGGCUGCUGCAAAGGUCUGGCGUGAUUCCAAAAGUCACCUUCGUCAGCAGGAAAAACUAGUUAACGAGAUUGGAGUUGAGGGGGCUGUGCGAGAAGUACUUCAACCCACACAAACAUCUUUUCGACAAGAACUACGCCAGAGACCACUUGAUCGUGGUAUUCUUGAAGAGAUUUAUAAAGGUCUACAUGGAAGGCGUAUUGAACGAAAACUGAAAAAGGGGGUAUCGUGGGAACACUGGAUUACAAAAGGGGAUGGAACUGCACCGGUUUUCAAUGCCUCACAGAAAGCACAACAAACUUUUGCAUUCGGUGGAUCUAUUAAACUUGUAGCAAAGGCUACGCACACCAAACAGUUUCCUUUACUUCUUCCUGGUGGUAAACGAAGAGAUGGUCGUGUUGAAGUGGAAGGAACACAAUCACUUGUACCAGAAGUAGCAUUUAUUGGUAGAACUUCCAGUGGGAAAUCCUCUUUAAUUAAUGCCAUUGUAAAUGCUAUGAUUGCACCAUAUGGUCAUCUUCAAGGUACUACGAAUUCUGUAAAUUUUUACAGUAUUGCUAACAGGAUUGUAUUUGUAGAUUGCCCUGGUUAUGGGUAUUUUAACCCAAUGGAAACUCCAUCUGGGGAUGCCGAGAAUGCUAUUGCCGUGACAAACGCUUACCUUACAGCUUGCAGUCCACACGGUAAUGUGAAGGGAAAAGAUAAGAUGAAAGGAAUGAAACAAGGAGAUGCGAGAUCUCACUCUUUGGGUCCAAUACGACCUAUUAAGCGUGUAUUUGUUUGUGUUUCAUCACGAGGACUUCAACACACGGAUAUUGCUUAUCUUGAUCGUCUUGAAGAACUUAGUUUACCUUUUUCUGUCGUUCUCACUAAAACAGAUGCUGCACCAAUUCGUUUCCUCGCGCGAUUAACUGAUCACACACGUUCUAAACUUGUUCACUAUAAACACUGUAAGGAACUUAUGCUUACAAGUUCACUACGUUUGGCAGGAAUUGAUAAACUACAAAAUCUUAUUGCCACUAUGGCCCUUGGUGAAGAUAAACUGCAUGGCGCGACAACAGACUUUAGCAGUAUUGUUUAG